AACUUCCUUAGUUGAAGAAAAAAUUGCUUGAUGUAAUGAUAUGGAAGCUGUAGAGAUACAUUGAGAAACAAUUUUGACAAUCUUGCUGUAGAGAUAUCAGAAUUAACAUGGCUGUAGCUCUGACCUAUCGGGAUUACCACAACAAAUCCUUCAGCAAGUUUGAGCUGAAGAUGAUGGAACUAGAGGAUCUAAAAAACGAGGCCAACAGACAUGUCGGCCGCCUCAACUCGCUCAAAAUGCGCUACAUGGACUGGUUUCUCCGAUGUCAGCAGUCCUUCCUGGACUCUAUAAAACUCAUUCACAUUCUGGGAGGGGACCUGCUACCACGGGAAAUUAACACUAUCCGAAACUUCAAAAAAGUCAUGAGAUUUUCUGGACAGUUGCCGAGCAACGGAACACCGCGUGACGGCAGUAAAGGGAAAAUGAUUGGCUUUCUCCUUUUCUGGGAAGAAAUGUUGACGCUGAAACGCGAAAAUGACGCUUUGUAUAGAAAGAUUUGUGACUUUUGUAAUAGUAUUCGCAGGUUAAGAGAACCAAUAUUAAAAGAUGAGAUAGACCGUCUGCACCAGCGCCUCAACCUGUUUCUUUCUGAAGACUAUGACUUCACGGCAAUAUCCAACGACCGACACAAUCUCUUCACUUACCGCGUUGCUCUACACGAUCACAGAUAUCACGGACUCGUCUCCUACAUCCCCUUCUUGCUCAGCAUUGCCAACAAACUGUGUUACUGGACUUCUAAACUCUACAUCGAGUUCCUGUAGUGUUGUAGUAAUAAAUAAGUAGAUAUAAACUCUCCACCCCUAGCCCAUUCAUGAUAUUUGCAGUACUUUUUAAAUCAGUACGUUUUACUUUCCCCCGAAAAUAUAAUCUAUACUCCUCUGUGAUAAAGCCAUACUGAAAAGAUUUGGAAGUCGUGUGAUUUUUGUGUAGUGUUUGCUCUAUAUUUACUUUGGGUAUAUAAACGUGUUUUCAUUUAAGGAAGCUCUAAACAUGCACUAAUAAAAGAAAGUUUGUUUUUUGUUUUGUUUUGAAUUUUUAGAAUUUUUUUUGAAUUUGAGAAAAUUGUAUCAUUGUAAAGGUGUUCACUGAGUUUAUCUAGUUCAUUUUCAACAUAGGGUAUCUGCCAUAUUUCUCCUGGAUAAAUGUUCAGACAAUGAAGUACAAGUGAACACAAAUUACUGCUGUUUGCUUAUUUUGGGAAAAUACAUGCGUACAAUGUUUUUAAUAACCUUUUCUUCGUCUAAUAUAAUGUUAAGAAUACAUAAUAUACUUAAAUUAAUUGUGUCAUUUACUGUAGAUUUAUAUCUGUUCCUUUGUUCAUCAAAGGGCAGAUCGCUCUAACUGCAUAGAACUACCAAGUAAUUAGAAUUCUUCAGUGAGCAGUGUUUCGAGCUUCCUUGAGGAGUUUUUGUUUGUUUGUUUUUCUUUGCAUGAAUUGUUGAUUUCAGUUAUUGUUAUAUUUGUAUUAUUUAUUAUCGAGAAUAAAGUGAUUUUUUUUCGUGAACAAGACAUAUUUUGAGUAGGUAUUAGUUAUUUUGGAAUGAAACUUGUUUUGUCAAGACUUGCCUUGAAUACUUUAUUUGACUUUCGUUUUGUGACUCUGCAUGUACUCUUCCAUGUUUCAAUAAAAUCAGUUCGGAAUU